AUGCUUUGUCUCUUUCUAUAUGAACCAAUCCGGAAACACUACAAGCUUUCCAGCUUCAAACUGCUUGCAUUCUUUAUCCAGAUUCUACUGAUCAGAAAUUUACUGCUGUUUGGGUAUCAGAAUAGGAUUUUCCUUUGUGCUGAAGAAGUUACAAGAGUUAGCUGUGGCCUCAAAUCAAUGUCUGCUACAGGAGUGCAGCUGCAUAUUCAAGAUGAUCAUGUUCUGAUAGGAAAUGGAGUACUCCAAAUCACACUGACAAAUCCAGGGGGAAUUCUCAGAGGAAUAGAAUAUGGCGGAAUUGACAACUUGCUUGAACUUCACAACAAAGAUUUGAAUGGAGGGUACAGGAAUUGUGUUACAUCUGCUCUCUUAUCCUCUCUUUUCCCAUUCUUAUUGGAUGUUCAGACAAAGUUUUACAUUACAACCUCCCAUAGGAUUCAGAAGUGCAUAGCCCGCUGA